AUGGCACGCCGCUCUGCUCCUCCCAACUCUGGCCCCGCGUACAUCGGGCGCAUCCCCGCCGCGGGCGGCCCUGCGGACGACGGUAACGCGUUCACGAACUUCAUCCGGGAAGAGGUGAGUGUCUGGCUGCGUACUUCCAGUCGGUGCUGGGGAAAGGAUGUUCCGGAUUCAGUGGGCUUUGGAAGCGUUCUGUCUGUCUCGCAGAAGGAGUUCGCAUGCGCUAGAGAUGCUGGCGGCGGCGCUGCGAACGGGACCGUCUUGAGGGCGAGGAGGACAAUGACUUUCCUCGUCGUCUUGCCACGACUUCCUUUGUAUAUGGUGCUAACGCAUACCCAGAUCACCUCUCCAGAGAAGAUUGCCGGCAACCUGAGCAUCCUCACGGGCGUCACCGUCUUCCUCGCGGGCAUCUUCGCUGUAAGGACAUGGGGCGAGAACAUGAUUCCGGUGUUAAAACCUAUGCCAACACCUCAUUGGGCUGGCGUACUCACCACAUGUGCUCUCAUCGUCUCUGUCCAAGACCACUUGUCAUUCGGUCCCUUUUGGGAGAACCUCCCGCCCAUCCUCACAUAGGAAUGUCCUCUCCCUCGCAUAGGCUUGGCGUCAAACCCGUCACGACGACCUCAUACUUAUAUGCACCAGUACAUACGUUAUGCAUCCCUGUAAUAUCAGCCGGCGACGCACGCCGAUCCCACCUCCAGUAUAGACCCAAUCCGAGCGCGAAGUCUGAAACGUGAAGGUCGAAGGUAGCCUCGUAUCAAGUACACGAGCGACAUGUGCACUGGCUGCCUCCUGUUCAUACCAAAUGUUCCGACGCACCUCUUCACAUGGCCUCUUGACUGAACGAAUUCAUCUGUGAACGCUCACUUAUGUAUGCGCUCCAGCUUCAUCUCCUGACUGACUCACUGACAGAUGGAUUUCGG